AUGCACCCAUAUACAGCGGGGUAUGAUCAUACCAUUCGCUUUUGGGAAGCUCUGUCGGGUAUCUGUUCACGAACUAUCCAGCACCCUGAUUCUCAGGUCAAUCGCCUGUGUAUCACCCCCGAUAAACGCUUUCUCGCUGCCGCUGGUCAUAACAAUGUCAAGCUUUAUGAUAUCAAGUCCACCAAUCCCAACCCUGUUAUGACUUUCGAAGGUCACACCACCAACAUCACCGGAGUCGCAUUUCACUGUGAGGGUAAAUGGAUGGUCACUAGCUCUGAAGAUGGUACUGUCAAAGUUUGGGAUACUCGUACUGGAAGCUUGCAGCGCAACUACGUUCACCGAGCUCCGGUCAAUGAUGUCGUCAUCCACCCAAACCAGGGUGAGCUGAUUAGUGGUGAUCGCGCGGGCAUGGUUCGUGUCUGGGAUCUGGGCGAGAGCGUGUGCACCCACCAAUUGAUUCCUGAGGAUGACACCGCAGUUCUGAGCGUUAGCGUCGCCAGUGAUGGCUCCUUGCUCUGCGCUGGAAACAAGAAGGGAAACGUCUACAUCUGGCGUAUGGUCCAGACCGACGAAGCUACUCGAAUCAUUCCAGUUUGCACCUUCCAGGCACACAAGGAUUACCUCACCCGCGUUCUUCUGUCUCCCGAUGUCAAGCACCUGGCCACUUGCUCCGCCGACCACACAGCCAAGGUGUGGAACCUUGACCCAGAAUACGCACCUGCCAAGGUUGCUAUUAAGGAAUGGAAUGAAAAACAGGCCCAGAAGGAAACAACUGAGGAAAAUGGCGAGCCCAGCGCAGCGGCCGUUCAGGCGCAGCAAGGCGCCGAGUUGAUGAACCAAGCUCGGGAUCUGUUGCGUAUCUUUGAUACGCCCCAGCAAGAUCGCGAGUUGCUCCGCAUCUCAGACAACGCCCCCCGCACCGAAACCCCUCAGCAGACCUUCACUCCGCAACCCGAUGGACCACCAAUGGACCCUGCGAAUGGCACCCUCUUCCUUGAGGCUACCCUCACAACUCAUCAACGUUGGGUUUGGGACUGUGCCUUCUCCGCCGACUCGGCCUAUCUCGUUACUGUCUCGAGUGAUCAUUACGCUCGCCUUUGGGAGCUGAGCACUGGCAACAUCAUUCGCCAGUACAGUGGUCACCACCGUGGCGCUGUCUGCGUUGCACUGAAUGACUACUCUGAGCCCCGUUAA